AUGGCGAAGAAAGGYUUGAAGAGGAAGCAGAAAACAGAAGUGGUAAAGAAAGAAGAUGAUUCGAAGGUGAUUUUGCCUCUCGUCCGACGUUCGGACGAACCGGUCACCAAAAAGGCUAAAUGGAUAAACAGAGAACGAAUUUUGGUGUUCGGUACUCGUGGAAUUAGUUUUCAACAUCGCCAUUUGAUGAAAGAUAUAAUUAAGUUGUUACCUCAUGCAAAAUCAGCUAACAAAAUGGAACGUAAAGAAAAUUUAUUUGUGGUCAACGAGAUGUGUAAGAUGUCUCACUGUAACAAAUGCAUUUUAUUUGAUGGCAGACUUCAUAGAGAUUUGUACAUGUGGUUUUCAAAUUCACCAGAUGGUCCUAGUAUUAAGUUCAACGUGGAAAGUAUAUUUACAAGUGCUGAAUUGAAAUUAACUGGAAAUUGCUUAAAAGGAUCGAGGCCACUGUUGUCUUUUGACAAUUCAUUUGAUGAGCAUCCACAAUAUUCUUUGAUGCGAGAAAUGUUUGUACAGAUAUUCGGUGUGCCAGACCAUCAUCCUAAAAGUCAACCAUUUGUUGAUAAUGUUAUAAACUUCUCUGUAUUGGAUAACAGAAUAUGGUUUAGAAACUAUCAAAUUUUGGACGAAAAUGGUGCAAUAGCUGAAAUAGGACCAAGAUUUGUUUUGCAACCGAUUCGCAUUUUUAAAGGAAGUUUUUGCGGUGAAACUCUUUGGGAAAAUCCAUUUUAUGUUACUCCAGCAAAGACAAGACGUUUAUUAAAGGAUAAUAAGAAAGACAAAUAUACCAAUAAUAAAAUUCAGCGUAAAGCAAAGAAGACAAAGGAACUACUUGCACCGUUCCGCGUUAAACCAGAAAAUGAAAUAUUCAGAGAUGGCAACGUGAAGGAAAAGGCUAAACAUUUAAUAACCAAAAACAAAAAGGCUUUUUAAUGUUAAAUUUGUAAUAAAUAUAUUAAGAAAUUUGUUUUACACGCAAGUCAA